UCCUCCGAUGAACACCCAACACCCGCUGUAACACACACUGGUCGAUUUCCACUGAUGGAGCCCGGGUCAGCAUCUUGUACCGGCCUGCUGGUUGUAGAUGACGGGGAGCUGUAUGGAGUCUGGGAUGCGUGGUCGCAGUCUAUAGCCUUUUUUAUACAGGAACAGUGUUUGUUGCGUUGCAAUGCUCGGUAUGUCGGAUGAAGAUUCCCGUACCAGCACCGGCUCUUCCUCCUCGACGUCCUCAACUCAUCAGCAUCACCAUCAGCAGCAUCAGGAGGAGGACGUGACCCCCCCAAAGAAACGAGAAAGGAAAGCCAUCAUGAGCAAGACCUCCAAGCUCCUCUCCACUAGUGCUAAAAGAAUUCAGAAGGAGCUGGCCGACAUCACACUGGAUCCACCACCAAACUGCAGUGCCGGACCUAAAGGAGACAACAUCUAUGAGUGGAGGUCGACCAUCCUGGGCCCUCCAGGCUCCGUGUACGAGGGAGGAGUGUUCUUCCUGGACAUCGCCUUCUCACCAGACUACCCCUUCAAACCACCCAAGGUGACGUUCCGCACCAGGAUCUACCACUGUAACAUCAACAGUCAGGGGGUGAUCUGUCUGGACAUCCUGAAGGACAACUGGAGUCCUGCCCUCACCAUCGCCAAGGUCCUGCUGUCCAUCUGCUCCCUGCUCACUGACUGCAACCCUGCCGAUCCCCUGGUUGCAAGCAUCGCCACCCAGUACACAACGAACAGACCUGAACAUGACCGGAUAGCCAAACAGUGGACCAAACGCUACGCCACAUAAUCACCAGAGGGGCUGCUGCUGCUCGGACGAGUCAGGGAUGCUGCGGUGGGGGGUGAACUUGGGGGUGCGGGUUGGGGUGAUUUUUAUCUCAGAAUUUAAGUCUUAACUCUUAAGAUAACUUUUGUUGUUGUCAUUUAUUUUAUUAUAACUAUAAUCAAAUUUGGCAAUAAUGCAUUUAAUGUUUUCUCUUGUUUAGUUUUUUUUAGCUUGAGCUUGAAGGAUGAAUGUAAAUACUAAAUGUAAUGUAAAAACUGUUUGAUGAAACUUGUCACAGCAUGAUCCCCGAAAGUCCGUAUAAAUUGUCACAUGCAUUAAAGGUUCUGGUUGGA